UCAGGUAAAUAUGUACUUUUUCUAUCACAAGAGACAUGGACUCAAGGGAGACCUGGACACAAGGCUCAAGAGAGACCUGGACACAAGGCUCAAGAGAGACCUCGAUACAAGGCUCAAGAGAGACCAGGACACAAGGCUCAUGAGAGACCUGGACACAAGGCUCAAGAGAGACCUGGACACAAGGCUCAAGAGAGACCUCGAUACAAGGCUCAAGAGAGACCAGGACACAAGGCUCAAGAGAGACCUGGACACAAGGCUCAAGCGUGACCUGGACACAAGGCUCAAGCGUGACCUGGACACAAGGCUCAAGAGAGACCAGGACACAAGGCCCAAGAGAGAUCUGAACACAAGGCUCAAGAGAGACCAGGACACAAGGCUCAAGAGAGACCUGGACACAAGGCUCAAGAGAGACCUGGACACAAGGCUCAAGAGAGACCUGGACACAAGGCCCAAGAGAGACCUGGACACAAGGCUCAAGAGAGACCUGGACACAAGGCCCAAGAGAGAUCUGGACACAAGGCUCAAGAGAGACCUGGACACAAGGCUCAAGAGAGACCAGGACACAAGGCUCAAGAGAGACCAGGACACAAGGCCCAAGAGAGAUCUGAACACAAGGCUCAAGAGAGACCUGGACACAAGGCUCAAGAGAGACCAGGACACAAGGCUCAAGAGAGACCAGGACACAAGGCCCAAGAGAGAUCUGAACACAAGGCUCAAGAGAGACCUGGACACAAGGCUCAAGAGAGACCAGGACACAAGGCUCAAGGGAGACCUGGACACAAGGCUCAAGAGAGACCUGGACACAAGGCCCAAGAGAGACCUGGACACAAGGCCCAAGAGAGAUCUGAACACAAGGCUCAAGAGAGAUCUGGACACAAGGCUCAAGAGAGAUCUGAACACAAGGCUCAAGAGAGACCUGGACACAAGUCUCAAGAGAGACCUGGACACAAGGCUCAAGAGAGACCUGGACACAAGGCUCAAGAGAGACCAGGACACAAGGCUCAAGAGAGAUCUGAACACAAGGCCCAAGAGAGACCAGGACACAAGGCCCAAGAGAGAUCUGAACACAAGGCCCAAGAGAGACCUGGACACAAGGCUCAAGAGAGAUCUGAACACAAGGCUCAAGAGAGAUCUGGACACAAGGCCCAAGAGAGACCAGGACACAAGGCCCAAGAGAGAUCUGAACACAAGGCCCAAGAGAGACCUGGACACAAGGCUCAAGAGAGACCAGGACACAAGGCUCAAGAGAGACCAGGACACAAGGCUCAAGAGAGAUCUGAACACAAGGCCCAAGAGAGACCAGGACACAAGGCCCAAGAGAGAUCUGAACACAAGGCCCAAGAGAGACCUGGACACAAGGCCCAAGAGAGACCUGGACACAAGGCUCAAGAGAGACCUGGACACAAGGCUCAAGAGAGAUCUGAACACAAGGCUCAAGAGAGAUCUGGACACAAGGCUCAAGAGAGAUCUGGACACAAGGCUCAAGAGAGACCUGGACACAAGUCAUCUUAAAUGUAUCUACCCACAACACUUCCUGUUGUUGGUCCAAUCCCAGAUCCCCUUGCUGCAGCGAGCCUAGGUCCUGUCACUCCGACCCCUGUCUCUGCUGGCCAAUUCCUGGAGCGACCCCGCAUGGUUGCAAACCAACAGUGCUCUCUCUAGCAAGGGCUCUUUGAAGGGCCAGCCUGGGGGCAAGGAGCACAAGACCUGGGCUAAAUACUAUGUCAGGUAUCAUACAGUAUACACACCUUAACCUCAACUAAAUACUAUGUCAGGUAUCAUACAGUACACAUACCUAAACCUGAACUAAAUACUAUGUCAGGUAUCAUACAGUAUACACACCUUAACCUGGGCUAAAUACUAUGUCAGGUAUCAUACAGUAUACACACCUUAACCUGGGCUAAAUACUAUGUCAGGAUUCAUACAGUAUACACACCUUAACCUGGGCUAAAUACUAUGUCAGGUAUCAUACAGUAUAUACACCUAAACCUGGACUAAAUACUAUGUCAGGUAUCAUACUGGGCACAUGGAGCCUUACAGAGGAGUUGGACUUUUCCCCCUCUCUCUGAGUAUUCAUUCUACUUCCUCUCCCUCAGGUUCCUGGAGGAGUAUGCCAAAUACAACCUAUCAUUCUGGGCCGUGACCACAGGCAACGAGCCCUCUGCUGGACAGAUGACCAACUACAGGCCACAUCUCACUUUAUAUGACAUGUGUAUCUAAGGCAGGUACAUAAUUGACAAAAGGAAAAAGUGAUAUUUAGUUAGUAGUUGCAUUCUGGUAAUGAAGUUGGUUAUAGAGGAAGUCCAUAUUACAGGUUCUUUUAUCUCAGUUGGUAAUGUAUGGAGCUUGUAAUGCAGGGUAGUGGGUGAGAUUCCCGGAACCACCAAAAUACCUAAAAUCUAUGCACGCUUUGGACAUAAGUGUCUGCUAAAUGGCAUAUAUUAUAACAGUAAUCUUUCCGUUCACCUUCCAUUCCUGGGUCAGACUACUCAAUCAUAUGACCCACUGAAGAGAUGAGUCUUCAGUAAGGACUUAAAGGUUGAGACCGAGUUUGCGUCUCUGACAUGGGUAGGCAGACCGUUCCAUAAAAAUUGAGCUCUAUAGGAGAAAGCCCUGUCUCCAGCUGUUUGCUUAGAAAUUCACACACACCUCUGCUACUGCCACACUGGGCUAGAGUGGUUUGAGAGAAGCACUCUGAAAGAAGAGGGGGGCUUUGAGAGAGGGAGGAAAGGAAUAUAUAUGAGAGAGAGAGAGAGAGAGAGAGAGAGAGAGAGAGAGAGAGAGAGAGAGAGAGAGAGAGAGAGAGAGAGAGAGAGAGAGAGAGAGAGAGAGAGAUGUACUGGUACCUGGACACCCUGGUGCCGGCAGAGCUCUCCCUGGGCACUACCCACCACCUGUACCCAGAAUACUACCUGUGUGGAACGGAGGCCUGAGCUGGCUGGAGCCCCUCAGACAGAGGAGUACAGCUGGGAGAGAGCUGAGCAGUACGCACACAGCAUCAUACAGGUAAGACACACACGUACUCCUUCUUAGUCACAUGGCUAACAGGUGAGAAUGACAUCGUACAAGUGAAUGUGUUACUGUAGCAGGUAAUUGAACAGGUCAGAAUCAGACAAAAAGAAGUUGAGUGUGACCUCAAUGUUUUGUCAGAUUCCUGUGUAUGAUCAAGUUAGUAGCUUAGGUGCUGGUUGUGAAAUGUUACAGGGGCCAACUGAUGAAUUGAAGGUGUGUCUGUGAGCUUCCACAGCAUGGCCCACUUCAGGUACCGUCCCACGUUCUAUAGAAUGGCCCAAUUCAGGUACUGUCCCACCUUCUAUAGUAUGGCCCACUUCAGGUACUGUCCCACCUUCUAUAGCAUGGCCCACUUCAGGUACUGUCCCACCUUCAAUAGCAUUGCCCACUUCAGGUACUGUACUGUCCCUCCUUCUAUAGCAUUGCCCACUUCAGGUACUGUACCACUUUCUAUAGCAUGGCCCAUUUCAGGUACUGUACCGCCUUCUAUAGCAUGGCCCAUUUCAAGUACUGUACCACCAUCUACAGAAUGGCCCACUUCAGGUACUGCACCGUCCCACCUUCUAUAGCAUGGUCCACUUCAGGUACUGUCCCACCUUCUAUAGCAUGGUCCACUUCAGGUACUGUCCCACCUUCUUCUAUAGCAUUGCCCACUUCAGGUACUGCACCGUCCCACCUUCUAUAGCAUGGCCCAUUUCAGGUACUGUACCGCCUUCUAUAGCAUGGCCCAUUUCAGGUACUGUACCACCUUCUAUAGCAUGGCCCAUUUCAGGUACUGUAUCACCUUCUAUAGAAUGGCCCACUUCAAGUACUGUACCACCAUCUACAGAAUGGCCCACUUCAGGUACUGCACCGUCCCACCUUCUAUAGCAUGGCCCAUUUCAGGUACUGUAUCACCUUCUAUAGAAUGGCCCACUUCAAGUACUGUACCACCAUCUACAGAAUGGCCCACUUCAGGUACUGCACCGUCCCACCUUCUAUAGCAUGGCCCAUUUCAGGUACUGUAUCACCUUCUAUAGAAUGGCCCACUUCAAGUACUGUACCACCAUCUACAGAAUGGCCCACUUCAGGUACUGUCCCACCUUAUAUAGCAUGGUCCACUUCAAGUACUGUACCACCUUCUAUAGCAUGGCCCAUUUCAGGUACUAUACUGCCUUCUAUAGCAUGGCCCAUUUCAGGUACUGUACCAGCUUCUAUAGUAUGGCGCAUUUCAGGUACUGUACCACCUUCUAUAGCGUGGACCAUUUCAGGUACUGUACCACCUUCUACAGAAUGGCCCACUUCAGGUAUUGCACCAUCCCACCUUCUAUAGCAUGGCCCACUUCAGGUACUGUCCCACCUUCUAUAGCAUGGUCCACUUCAGGUACUGUCCCACCUUCUUCUAUAGCAUUGCCCACCUCAGGUACUGUACUGUCCCACCUUCUAUAGUAUGGCCCACUUCAGGUACUGUCCCACCUUCUAUAGCAUGGCCCACUCAGGUACUGCACCUUCCCACCUUCUACAGCAUGGCCCACUUCAGGUACUGUACUGUCCCUCCUUCUAUAGCAUUGCCCACUUCAGGUACUGUACCGCCUUCUAUAGCAUGGCCCAUUUCAAGUACUGUACCACCAUCUACAGAAUGGCCCACUUCAGGUACUGCACCGUCCCACCUUCUAUAGCAUGGUCCACUUCAGGUACUGUCCCACCUU